AUGAAUCAAUUCUUCGCGCGUGAAAACGGUCGCACCAAAUCAUCGUCGCGCGGAUCGUUUAGAAAUCUCACUAGUCGUCUGACGCUCGCGCUCAACUUCCCGUUUUUCUCACCAGGUGGCGUGCAGUCGGUUCACGAGGACUCGGCGGCGGCGGCGGGGGUGGGGCUGGAGAACAAUGCGCCGGAGGUUCCACCGCGCGGCGCGGGGGCGCGGCGGGUGACCAGCGGAUUCCGCUCCCUGCAACGCAACAUGUCACCAGCAAGCAUCGUCGAACAUCUCAGUGCCACGCCGUCACCCGCACGAUCCGAGAGCGGCCUAGAUGCGUUGGCAGAGGGAGAGGAAUCUUCGAUGCAGGAAUCCCUCGAGCAGAGUCCGUGGUUUCACGGCACGCUGUCGCGCGUAGAGGCAGCGCAGCUCGUCCUACAAACGGGAACGUGUGGACAUGGUACCUUCCUCGUUCGACAGAGCGAGACGCGCAAGGGAGAGUACGUUCUGACGUUCAACUUCCAAGGUCGUGCCAAGCAUCC